AGCUGUACAAGGUGCGGCAGAGGAAAAACAGGAACGGGACACCAUCGCUAGCAAACGCUUGUGUUGGUUUAAGCUUAUUUUUUUUAUAGUCCCAGAUUUUUUUUUUUUACGAAACGAAACAUUUGAUGCUGGCAUUUUUAAAACAGCGAUCUCUAAGUAGCUUACUAGGUUGUCAAAAGUGUCGACGAGCCGCUAAAAAUUAUCAGGGUCACGGCAACAUCUUUCACCCUCAGCCGGAAAAUCGACGAAGCUAACAGUAACAAGCUAAUGCUAGGGUAGCUAGCGGGCUAGCUUUCUCAAGUGUGUUAACCCGAAGAUCUAGAUUUGACUGAAGCGAUUUUUAUUAACCCCCAAGCUUGCAAUGGCUGAUGUUGACAAGCUCAACAUAGACAGUAUCAUCCAGCGGCUUUUAGAAGUCAGAGGAGCAAAACCUGGCAAGAACGUUCAGCUGCAGGAGAACGAGAUUCGUGGAUUAUGCCUCAAGUCCAGGGAGAUCUUCCUCAGUCAACCCAUUCUCCUGGAGCUGGAGGCCCCUCUCAAGAUUUGUGGUGAUAUCCACGGGCAAUACUAUGACCUGCUGAGGCUGUUUGAGUAUGGGGGCUUUCCUCCUGAGAGCAACUACCUGUUUUUGGGUGACUACGUGGACAGGGGGAAGCAGUCUCUGGAGACCAUCUGUCUUCUACUGGCCUACAAAAUCAAAUACCCGGAGAACUUCUUCCUGCUGAGGGGAAACCAUGAGUGUGCUUCAAUCAACAGAAUAUAUGGUUUCUAUGAUGAGUGUAAAAGAAGGUACAACAUCAAACUCUGGAAGACCUUCACAGAUUGUUUUAACUGCCUUCCGAUUGCCGCCAUUGUUGAUGAGAAGAUCUUUUGCUGCCAUGGAGGACUGUCCCCUGACCUACAGUCCAUGGAGCAGAUCAGACGCAUCAUGCGCCCCACUGACGUACCUGAUCAGGGUCUGCUGUGCGAUUUGCUCUGGUCUGAUCCAGACAAGGAUGUUUUGGGCUGGGGAGAGAACGACAGGGGUGUAUCAUUUACCUUUGGUUCAGAGGUGGUAGCCAAGUUUCUGCACAAGCAUGACCUGGACCUGAUCUGUCGUGCCCAUCAGGUUGUUGAGGAUGGCUAUGAAUUUUUCGCAAAGAGGCAGCUUGUCACUUUGUUCUCAGCGCCUAACUAUUGUGGGGAAUUUGACAAUGCUGGUGCCAUGAUGAGCGUGGACGAGACUCUCAUGUGCUCUUUUCAGAUUUUGAAACCGGCCGAGAAGAAGAAGCCCAACGGCAGCCGUCCUGUGACUCCCCCCCGCAACAUGGUCACCAAGCAAGCCAAGAAAUGAGGGGUUGGCCAGACUCAGACUCCUCUGUUCUGCUCUGUUCUUCUGCAUUUGAGGGAGUAUCCUUCAUGCUGCCGAUACUGAAAAAAUAUCCACUCCUACUC